CAGGAGUGACAGUGGAAGAGACAGAAACAAAGUGGAUGCAUGAUGGGCAUGAAUACGCACAGAUCCUAUAGCGGAGACUGGCAUGUGCCCAGAUGGUCAGGGCCAGCUGGAAAGUGAAGCCAAACAUGUGUUUGUGUCACUCUGCCCCUUUAAGGCCUGGCGGCUGCACAGUAGCUGCAGGAAGGCCCUGCCCCAAUGCCUGAGUUCUGGGAUGGAAAAACAGUUCCUGAUGUGACUCCCAGUGCAGAGCAACGAGCAGCACUCACACCCUCUCUGCUCCGAUCCUGCGCAGCCUGCCUGCCUCCCAUGUACACAGCUGCUGGGAAAGCUCUGCCAGGGGAACCCGUGGGGCACGUUGCCUUCUCUGGCCGGGGGCUGAGGGGCGUAUAUUGCCCUCUCUAGCAGGGGCACACCUCCUUCUCUGCCAGGGGAAAGAAAACUGGGCACCCUUCAAAUACCUGGAAGAUAAGAGCUAGUCACCCUCAUCUCUCCCAGCAAUCCAGGCUGUUCUGUGCCAGGGAGGAGGGCACAGAACCUUAACCAAAAUCAGAUUAGCUGCUGGAUACGAUCCUCACCAUAAGGAGACAUACAGCUUGGUACUGUACCCUCUGCCAGGGGACGUGGGCACCUUCUCCUCUGAGGGAAAACAGGGAACUGUGACUUGGGCACCUUCCCCUUUACCAGAGGACUAACACUUGGCACUCUUGUUAAAGGGCACAGACUUGGGCACUUUUCCUUCAGCAAGAGGUGGAUACUUGGGCACCUCACCCGAGGUCUGGGCACCAUUUUAUCGAAAGAUAAAAAAACUGGAAAAUAUUUUUAUACCAGUUGUCUAAAGGUUGGCCAUCAUCUUAUCUCAUCUAGAACUUGACCCUCUUAUUUUGAGCCAGGACAGUGAAAUAAGGGCAUUCAUUCCUCCGCAGAGACUCGUCAUUGCAAAGCAGUGAAAUCAGGUGGACGCCAAUCUUACUGCACGGGAUUAAAAAACUGGCACAAGGGCUGGUGCUCAGGCCACAGAAACCAGUGUUUUUCCUGGUGUUCUGGACAAAGAGAAGGGCAUUAUCAUUGGUGCCCAGGCAAAGUUGAAGGACAUUUUUGCUGGUGAAAGAAGGGCAUUAUCAUUGGUGCUCAGGACAAAUAAUAGGGUAUUGUCAGUAGUUACUAAGACUUGAAUCUGGGCAUCACCAGGGGGAAAGAUCAUUAAGAUCAGGGCACUCAUUGUUUGGGAUCUACAGGAGGCUUACACAUUUCGCUGCCAAGGAGAGAGACUGGCACUGAUCGCCAGAGGACCGACCAUAAAGCACUUUACCCUUGUCACUGCUACUGGGCAUAAACAGGGCACCUUAAACAGUGUAUGGGAGAUCUGUAGUGCCCCUCACUGCACGCCCAGUGGAAGAAUCAAUCACCCGCAGGACCUCUGAUCAUGAUGAGUAGAUAGCACCCUACAGGAUGACCAUGGCUCCCAGGAAAAGGAGUCGUCAUGCCCUUGGGUUCCUUUGCUGCUUCGGGAGCAGUGAACACCCUGAAAUCAACCUCAAGGACAACAAUCCUCUUCAUUUCAUGGAAUUUGCUGGGCCCAUUCCCUCGCCCGAGGAGCUCAAUGCCAGAUUCUCAGAACUGGUGGAUGAACUGGAUCUCACAGAUAAAAACAGAGAGGCCAUGUUUGCGCUUCCCCCAGAGAAAAAAUGGCAAAUCUACUGCAGCAAGAAGAAGGAACAGGAAGACCCAAACAAGCUUGCAACCAGCUGGCCUGAUUAUUACAUUGAUCGGAUCAACUCCAUGGCUGCGAUGCAGACACUUUAUGCCUUUGAUGAAGAGGAUACAGAAAUGAGGAACAAAAUAGUAGAGGACUUAAAGACGGCUCUAAGGACCCAGCCAAUGAGGUUUGUAACAAGGUUUAUUGAACUAGACGGCCUGACCUGCCUGCUGAACUUCCUAAAGAGUAUGGACUAUGAAACCUCCGAGAGUCGAAUACACACAUCCGUUAUAGGGUGUAUCAAGGCUCUUAUGAAUAAUUCCCAGGGACGGACACAUGUCUUGGCCCACCCUGAGAGCAUCAACAUCAUCUCCCAGAGCUUGCGGACAGAGAACAUCAAGACCAAGAUCGCUGUCCUUGAGAUUCUAGGAGCCGUGUGUUUAGUCCCUGAUGGGCACAAGAAGGUGCUUCAAGCCAUGUUACAUUACCAGGUCUAUGCUUCGGAACGAACGCGAUUCCAGACCCUGCUGAAUGAGUUGGACAGGAGUAUGGGCAGAUAUCGGGAUGAAGUCAACCUCAAAACUGCGAUAAUGUCCUUUAUCAACGCUGUUCUGAACGCAGGUGCUGGAGAGGAUAAUUUAGAAUUCCGUUUACACCUUCGAUACGAGUUUCUGAUGUUGGGAAUACAGCCCGUCAUUGACAAGCUGAGACAGCACGAGAAUGCAACGUUGGACAGGCAUUUAGAUUUCUUUGAAAUGGUGAGAAAUGAAGAUGAAACUGAACUGGCCAAAAGGUUUGAAAUGAUCCACAUAGACACCAAAAGUGCCACACAGAUGUUUGAAGUUGUUAAGAAGAAACUGAAACAUACGGAUUCCUACCCUUACUUGUUAUCUAUACUCCAACACUGUUUGCAGAUGCCAUAUAAGUGGAAUGGCAGCACUAUCCAGCACUGGCAACUUCUAGAUAGAAUAUUGCAACAAAUUGUUCUACAGGAUGAGAAAGGAGAAGACCCCGAUGUUGCACCACUUGAAAACUUCAAUGUCAAAAACAUCAUUAAGAUGUUAGUGAAUGAAAAUGAGGUGAAACAGUGGAGAGAACAAGCUGAGAAAUUCAGGAAAGAGCACACAGAGUUGAGCAGCAGGUUGGAGAAAAAAGAGCGGGAGUGUGAUAUAAAGACGCAAGAGAAGGAAGAGAUGAUGAAGACAUUAAAUAAGAUGAAAGACAAACUGCAGAAAGAAUCAUUAGAGCUCAGACAGGCGCGGGAUCAUAUGACUGAUCUCAUGUCCCAGCUUAAUGAGCUCUCGAAUGGGGGAACCCUUUCAUUCCCUCCUCCACCUCCCCCACCACCUGGUGGACCAUUUGUUCUUCCUCCACCUUUACCUGAAAACUUGCCACCCCCACCACCACCUCCUCUGCAGUUCACUUCUUUCCCACCACCACCUCCACCUCCUCCACCACCACCAGGAGGACCGCCUCCUCCCCCUGGAGCUCCUCCUCUUUUUAGCAUGGGAAUGCAAGCCCCCCCUCUCACCACAUUUAACUAUGGCACAAGUUUGAGAAAGAAAUCCAUUCCCCAGCCUUCCCAUCCACUGAAGUCCUUCAACUGGUCCAAGCUGAAUGAGGAUAAAAUCAACGGAACCAUCUGGAAUGAAAUAGAUGACAUCCGUGCUUUCAAAAUGUUGGACUUGGAUGAGUUAGAGAGAAUGUUUUCGGCUUACCAACGGCACCAGGAUCUUCUCAGUAACACCUCUCUCAAGCAGAAAGACAUGGACUCAAUGGAGGAUCUUUACCUCUCCACACGCAAAGUCAAGGAGUUGUCUGUCAUUGAUGGACGAAGAGCACAAAACUGUGUCAUCCUCCUCUCCAAGCUCAAGUUGUCAAAUGAGGAAAUCAAGAGAGCCAUUAUGGAAAUGGACGAGCAGGAAGACCUCCCAAAAGACAUGUUGGAACAGCUACUGAAAUUUGUUCCUGAGAAGGGCGACAUCGACCUCUUGGAAGAGCACAAGCAUGAAAUUGAUCGAAUGGCUCGGGCAGACCGAUUCCUGUAUGAAAUGAGCAGGAUUGAUCACUAUCAGCAGCGACUUCAGGCUUUGUUUUUUAAGAAGAAGUUACCAGAAAGGUUUGCAGAAACCAAACCCAAAGUUGAAGCCCUAUUGCUGGCAUGCAAGGAGCUGAUGCGAAGCAAGCGGCUAAAGCAGCUCUUCGAGGUGGUCUUGGCAUUUGGAAAUUACAUGAACAAAGGUCAAAGAGGCAAUGCAUUUGGAUUCAAAGUUGCAAGCUUAAACAAGAUAAUAGACACCAAAUCCAGCAUCGAUAGGAACAUAACCCUGUUGCACUAUUUAAUAAUGAUAUUUGAGAGGACCUACCCCGAUAUACUGAACAUCCAGACUGAGCUUCAGCAUCUUACAGAUGCAGCUAAAGUCAACUUGGUGGAACUGGAAAAGGAAGUUGGGAAUAUCAAGAAUGGGCUGAGAGCUGUAGAGUCAGAACUUGAUUAUCAGAAGCGCCAAUACAGAGAGCCAGGAGACCGUUUUGUGCCAGUCAUGAGCGACUUCAUCACCGUGGCGAGCUUCAGCGUCUCAGAACUGGAAGACUUGCUUAGUGAAGCACGAGAUAAGUACACCAAGGCGAUGAAGCAUUUUGGAGAAGUUGAGGGAAAAAUGCAGCCGGAUGAAUUCUUUGGAAUCUUUGACACCUUCCUGCAGUCAUUUGCAGACGCAAAACAAGACCUGGAAAACAUGAGGAAGAAAAAGGAGGAAGAGGAGCGCAGAGUUCGCAUGGAAGCUAUGCUGAAGGAACAACGCGAGAAAGAAAGACGACAGAAGAAGGCCAAAGCUGACAGCACCUCAGAAGAGGUUGGAGAGUUUGAUGACCUUGUGUCUGCCUUAAGGUCUGGCGAAGUGUUUGACAAGGACUUAUCCAAACUCAAGAGGAACCGCAAGCGUUCAGGGAAUCAGAUAUUGGACACCAGUAGAGAGAGGGCCGUGACAAAGCUAAAUUAUUAGAAGCGGUAUCAAAGAACCAACACAACCAGUCAACUUAGGGCUAUUGCCUCAGGGUCACCAGCGAGUGGGGUUCUUGUGGGGUGACAAACUUUGUUGGCUUGUGAAAGAAUCACCUCCAAGGAGCCUGUCGGUUCCAGGAAAGUGAAGAACUUCCAGAUGAGAAGCAGUUUGCAGGAGAUAAUGUUGGAAUGCGUAUCGGACUCGCUGUGAUCUUGCUUUAUAAAGUGCCAAAUAAUUAUUUGCACUCAUUUGCAACAUUUCAGAAAUAAUAGCAACAUGUAGACUUAUUUUUCCAAGUCAACUGCCUUCCCACAUAAAGACUGGUCAGAUUCUCCCAAAACAGACUGAAAUAAAGAUAAUUAUAGGUUUCUGCACCAAAGAAAGGGUCAGGCUUGAGCGGUGACGGACUUGGACGUGACUCACACUGUUGGCAUCACCAGUCGACUGUCAACAUUUCUGCACAACACUCUUGCUAGAUACUCCAGCCUCCGAAGGGUAUUGAGUGUUCCCCGCUGCAAGUGCUAUAAACUGACCCUGGUCCAAAUAUGGAUCUUGUACAGAAUGUCACAAAAACAGAUUUUUUUUUUUGGAAUUCCAGGAUUCCCUCCAGUUUCUAAAAACUAAACAUAUAAAUCACUGUGUGAUCGCAAAAUGGAGCGCACUUUUCACCCUUUCAUAAUGCUGCCAUGUUUAAAUUUGGCUCAGGAGAUGCUUUUUCCUGGGGUCAGCGUGCAAACCCUUCUGGCUGGCCAAACAAAAGCACAAGAAGUAACAGUGGAGAAACAGAAACAGAGAAUCAUCAGAUUCUGGGCCUUAAUUCAUGGGCACGUGCCAAAUUGUAUUUCCCAUAGAGCUACAUUUCACAAGUGGAAAACAAAGUAUUUAAUUCAGAAUAAAUAAGAACCAUUCAAUCGGAACCCAAGGACAUUGGCUUAUAUGUCAGUGUCUGCAAUGCUGUGGCCUAAGCCUUUCUGGGCAGGAGGGGGAUUGUGGGGUCUAUCAUGGCGGGACUGUGCACCACAGCAACAACAGAAACUGCUGCCAAAACUCUUAGGAAGGGACUCGUGUAUAAAAUUGAAAACAUUCACCAGCGUAACUGUAGGUGGAAGCGAAGGGGGAGAAAUUAUGGCACCCAAGUGGUCUUGACAUUAUCUGUUUUUUAAAAUUUCCCUUAGGGCAAGUUUGCUUUUAAGACAAUACUAUCUUCUCUUGUCCUGCUCCAUCCUAGCAGACAUCAUUGGGGCUGGAACGGCAUAAUUGAGUUACAGGGAUGUAGGCAAGUAUUUUCUCCUGAUCAGUGUUAACAAAGAGCAAUAUAUGUGUUUCUCUGCCAUUAGCUCAAAGCUCUACAAGUCAUGUCCCUUUUUAGACUGUAUAUCUGGGAUUGUUCAUUUGAUGUUGGGUAGUUAAGGCUAAUCAGAAACAUACCAGGAUAGGCUCUUCACUGGCCACAGUUAUUCUGAUAUAUAGAGGUUAUUUUACCGGAAUCUAAUGUUGGUUGUCCCCUAAGGGACAACAGUUGCACCAGAAAGAUAACUAAGUACGUGUAGAAGGUAAUGACUAUAUGCUUCCACAGGAUCUUGCACUGUACCUUAUGAGAAGUUGGGGUACCUCUGGACCCAUCUCCAAAACAUUUAACCCCAGGGGUGAGCAACAUGAACUUAGAAAGGAGGAAAAAGCUUUGCAGCACAUAAGUCCAGUUAGGGCAGAGGUUUAUAGACCUUUCUGGAUUCAAGACCACCUAUGGCUUCUGGGGCACCUAAAUUCUAACAGGGUUACAGAUAUAUAUGCAGACAUGGUCGUAAUAGUCCAGUGUUUUGGGAAAUCCAUGGCAAGAAAUAAGCAUUGGCCAGCACAUUUCAAUGUAUUUGUCCUGUAUAGCAUUGGGCUAUCCUGGGGGGCAGUACCAGGGUCCUUAAGAGCAUACCCACUGCAGUAGGGGCUUUGGAAAGUAAUGUUUGGGGAAUGUGGAUAUAGUGGUUAUUCAUGUACAAUUUUUUUUAUGGGACUUCUUGAAAGAUAUGAAGAAUUACAGAGUAAUAUCCUAAGGUCUUUUUUCUAAAAUUAAAACAAGAUAUAAAAGCCAUACGGAGGGUAACAUUUUUUGUAUAUACGUGCACCUUGAAUCUGCCAUUGAGAUCCUGACGUAGGGAGCUGUAAUCCUACUCGACAGCUUUUAGAAGAAAACAGGAGACCACUGGUAAGUUGCCAGAACGUUGGCCCAGGAGAGCACUUUUACAGCGAUACAUCCCAUUGCGUGGGGCAGCCUGUAGGGGGAGCUGUUUAAUGUUAUUUAGGGCAAUAAUGCAGGUUUGUAACUAAUGGAAUAUAUAUAUAUAUUUAAUGUUUUUCUCUAAAGAAUUGCAACUGAAAUGACUGAUUUUGUAGCACUUCCAGAUAAUAAUAAUAACCAAACAAUAAACCUGUAAAGUGACUACAAAGUGCCUGUUCUUGCUACAUUGGCUCAAACAUGGAGUUAUUCCCAAAAUGUCGGAGUUUGAUACACAGUAGUUUCAGCUACUGAUUUGAGGAUUCUGGGAGUUGUAGUUGUAGGGAAUAAUGGGUGUAUAGUUUUAUGGCACUGUUUUGGCAAAAGGGAUAGGACUCAGAAGGGGGUGGGAUUGUGUAGACAACUGGGCAUUGCUGAAUGGAGGGGUGGCUAAAAUGUUGAUUGUUUAUCUUGAUAUGUCAAGAGGUUUGCUCUCUAGAACAAGGUUCUCUUAGAUCUUCUUUACUUAUCAUAAUUGCCCUCAGUCCCCAACAUUGCAACUAGGGUUAAAGAUGUCUUCUGUAUAGAUGCCCCAUUUAAAUAGGCUUAAGUUAGAGGAUAUAUGUAUGCUAUUCCUUGAAUAGACGUUGAAUAUAUGAGGAGGACAUUUUAGAAUGGAAAGUCAACCUCAAAAGUGGUGCCAUCUAUUCUUGUUCCGCUCAGAAGUCAACAGAAGCCAGUUUCGUAUAUGUUGGGAGAUCUGUGGACCUUGCACCUUAUUUGUACAUAUAUCAAUACUAAACUCAAGCAUGUCCACGGCUGAAUACUUGUCAUUUACUAAAUAAUGUUGAAGGCUUCAUGUUAAGUUCCAAAGAGCCUUUCCCACUGUUUGCAUAAAAAGCACUGGAGCAGUUAGGAACCUGUGGUCUGACCGUCUGGGUGGAGCUGGUGGGCAUGAGCAAGACAUCAGGGUAUUUACCCCUGCAUGCCAGUAUUUAGAACUGAGCAUGUUCCUUACUUAUCUCGGAGAUAUCUCUGGGGCUGAUUCAGUGUGUUGGGUAUGGUGGCUUCCUAAACUUCAUGAACAAAGGUGGAACAUGUUGUCAUCAUAUUGGAAUGUCCUACUGAUCCUUACACUCUCUACCAUGUCCAGACAGUCAUAAGGUACCCCAUUGCACUUUAAUUUUACCAACCAUGUAGACAUUGUCACAAGCAUGUAGAACAAAGAGAAGGCAACACAAGUCAGCCAAUCCACCCUUAGCUGCAGAGUUGACUCUCUAUCAAAUUUACUGUGGCCACCAUGAAUGUUAUGAGACUUUCUAGGGUUUAAUAUUCAUUAGAGAAGUAGUAACGGUUAAAUCUCUAAAGGACCUUCCUCCCCCUUCCCCAUCUUUAGCUGUGCCGCCCCUUGUCUUGUUCUGGUGAAGCUAUAAAAUGGGAAGGAGAUGUUUAAUGUCAGACUGGCACCUAUCAGCUCUCUAAUGACUGGGGAUCAGUCACUUGGGGGCAAUACUUCAGAGCUCUGCUAUAUUUUUAGCCAUGUACUUAAUAUCCCUUCGGCAGAAGUUCCCCUAAACCCAAAUCCCCCUCCGUGCGUGUGUAUAUGUUGUGUGCAAUAUUUCUGGAGUUGUAGGACCUUUGUGGAACUGCGCUCUACUUGCGUACAACGCAAGCUUCGACCAAUGGCAGCCAAGUGCUGCCCCAGCAUGAAACCAGUAAGGAUUUUGCUCUUGGAACAACAGGGAAAUCUCAUUUCCCGUUUCCCUGAACACAAAGCAAAAACGCUGGGAAUAUUAUUCCCGUUAAUGCCAAUUAUUAGUGAUUAGUGCCAUGGUCUUGCCUGCUCUGAAACAUGCCCGUGAUGCCACCCAAGGGUGGUCUUCCCAAACUCUCUCCACAGAUUUACUGAUUGGGCAAGGAGACCCGUUUUUGCUUUCUUUAUCCUUGACUGCCCCUUGUAAAUGACUCUGAUCAGCAUCAAUAAAUGGCCACUGGGCAGCUGUAGAGUUUAGGGUGGCCGUGGGUCAGAGGGCUGCUGUAUUUCUAUACUUGUACAACAGCUCACUAACUAAAUACUUUAUACAGCUGGGCAUGUUCCUCAAACCUGCAUCAAGGGUCAAACCUGUAGGGAAAUGUCACCUCUGAGUUGCCCCUGUAAAUCUGCCAACAGCCCUUUAAUAGUGUUUUUACAUCAAAACCUUGAGAUGUUUUUGCACCUCUGGGGAUCGAAACAGGGGAAAUGACAGAGUUUCCAUGUGACUCCUUGUACAGGAAUUAUAUCUUAUUACACCCCCCAAAAUUACCUUUUUUAAACUGAAAAUGUGACUGAUUGUGGGUCUGUAUGUGCUUUUUCGAUACGUGAAACAAAGAAUGAAAAGACUACGUGUAAAGGAACAGAAAUGUGAUUAUUUUUCAGGGGGGAAAAAGUAGAAAAAUAGACGUUACGUUGGAAGUUCCAUUGACCCGAAAUGAAUGUACUCUGUGACGUUUGUAUAGCGAAUUGUAUUUAAAGGGCAAGUUAACCCAAACAUAAAAUGUUUCAUAAUCAAAAUGUAUUUCUAAGCGGCUCCCCAAUAUCCUUCCACUCACUGUGUAACUGUCAUUGUGUCUGUCUGUCACGGUCUGUCUGUCCCGCCAUUUCUAUUCCCUGCAACAGACUGCUAACAGGCAGAAAACAGCAACGGACGGACAGAGUGACAGACAGACAAUAACAGUUACACAGUGAGAAUGAGUAGUGAAUGGAUAUUGGGGAGCUGCUUACAGUUACAUUUUCAUUUGGAAACAUUUAAUGUUUGGCUUUGGCUCCCCUUUAAUUCUGGAUGAUGAUCUCCCCAUCUUUUAAGGGGAUGAUGUGAUUGGCUGGACAAAAGUGUUGUGAAUGACUGUAUCCGCUCUGGGAUACGACAGGGUGAGCUGCAUGUGAAUGGGACUGUAUUGGGGUUGUUUCUGUUGUUAGUAUUCUCUAUGGAUCACAGGGGAGACCUUCUUUUGAUAAAUAAUACAGGAAAGAGAUUUCUAACAAAGAGCCCAGACAGCAACUCUCAGAAUCCUCCGCCGGUGUCUGAUUGGUUUACUUUACCUGGCCUAAGUUAAAGGGCAACUUAACUUAAGCUUUUAUUUACCCUUUGUGUUUGUCAAAAAUGGAAAUAUUAAGAGAUGUAAUUUUGCCUUUGCCUUAACCUCCUGCUAGCUUCUAUGGAGGAGUCAAUAACUGCUUGUAGUUGCAGUCUUGUCUAAACUGCCAUUGUCUUAGGUAUUCCCCUGUACUAAGCACAAUUCAGCAGAAACCGCCCUAAGUUUUCUCAUAGUCUGUACAGAGAGAUACCAUGGACCUAUGGCAGCAGGGAGAUGGGGGGGGGGGGUGUUGGGAUGUUGGUCAGUGUAAAAUAUACAUUUUCUUAAAUGAAGUUCAUAGUGUUCUUUCUAUUUGCACCUUUUUUAUUAGAAUCGAAUGAUACGAGAAAUAUUAAAUCUAUUUCCCUCA